AUGCCUUCCUUCCAGGUAUAUGUAGCUGCAACAAGCUCUGCUCUGAUUCGGUUUUUGGGCUAUCUAUUCCUGCGAUGGGUUCCAGCACACCAUGCCCCGCCGCUAAUUCUCACCUUGUUGUUGGUGAACCUGACCGCAGUUUUCGUGAUUGUCACAGGUGAAGCGACAAAAAGCUCGAGAAGAGGUGGCACGACCGGAAACGCGCAAAAGGAUGCCAUAGCGACAAAACGAAGCUUGAGUUCGGGAAGUGGUGGCAAAGGCAAAUAUGAGAGGGCAGCAUCUUCGUUGUUCGUCCUUGCAACUGGUAUUCCGUCCACACGCGCGAGGUACACCAAUCUAGCUACAGUCGGGGUCAACAUUUUACUGGGCCUUGCCACACUUGAUGUCCUUCUUCGGGGCCAUUACAUGUAUCCCACGACCGAUUUGGCCUUUUCACGAGUUGGAUACGUGUCGCCAACGACUGCAAACAUCCUCAUUCGCGAGCCCGACGCCGCACAACUUCCCAUCCGUACAUCCUACCGCGUAAUGGAAAAUGGUCGAGAGGGGGAGUUGAUUGACGCGGGAACAAUAGCUGUUCUCAACAAUGACACCGAUUACACUUACGCUGUUACGUUGACUGGACUUCAGCCCUCAAUGGACUAUCGAUACUCGUUCUCAAAUAACCUGUCCGGCCACUUCACCACCGCGGCAGCUCCAGGCUCCGCCGCGGCAAACAGACUCAGUUUCCUGAGCUCGAGUUGCAUGAAGCCGAAUUUCCCAUAUAAUCCUCUAAACCACCCAUUGCGUAUCUACGGCCUCGAGGUUAUUUCCAAGAUCAUGUCGAAACUCCCAUCCCUCUCACGACCCUCGUUUAUGCUUUUCCUCGGAGAUUUUAUCUACAUUGACGUACCCUUCCGCUGGGGAUCUUCCACCUCCGACUACCGCAGCGAAUACCGUAAAGUCUAUGCAUCCCCAUCAUGGCACAGCGGCCCAGAACCCGCAAUCAACAUCCCCUGGCUCCAUACUCUGGACGACCACGAGAUCGCCAACGACUGGCAUUUAGGAAACAUAACCGACCCUUAUCCAGCAGCAUUCGACCCAUACCGCCAUUAUCACAUGAGCGUGAACCCUCCCAUUGACAAAUCUCCAUUCUCCAUCCCUAUCAACACCACCUACUUCUCCUUCACAAAUGGCCCUGCUUCCUUCUUCAUGCUAGAUACGCGCACGUAUCGCUCAGAACCGUCACAGGAAAAUUCUACAAUGCUCGGCUCCGCGCAGCUAAAUUCCCUUCUUGCAUUUAUUUCUCGCCAGGAGCCCGCUGGUGUGGAAUGGAAAAUAAUCACUAGCAGCGUGCCGUUCACAAAAAACUGGCGCGUUGGCACGGAGGAUACAUGGGGUGGGUUCCUAGGUGAACGACGCCGGAUUUUCGACGCUAUCUGGCGCGCGGAACGGGAGUUGGGAAUCCGUGUCGUGCUCUUGAGUGGCGAUAGACACGAAUUUGGCGCGACGAGAUUUCCUGAUCCGUCCCUGUCGGCUACAACAGCGUCAAAAGCAGAGAAGGGCGGUAGCAUUAGCAUUGAGGAUGGAACAGGCAUUCAUGAAUUCUGCACUGGCCCGCUGAAUAUGUUUUACAUUCCCGCGGACUCCUACGUACAGACAGAUGAUGAGGAUGUCUUGAUCAAGUACCUGCCCGCUGGUAAUAACAAGGUGGCCCUAAUCAACAUCGACGUUGAGGACGGUAGGAAUUCGGUGUUAAGGUAUUCCCUGUAUAUCGAUGAAUAUCUGGUGUGGGAAUACAAGCUAGCUAGGCCCUUAGUGUGGGAGGAAGGGCAGAGUCGGAGAUUGCCGCCUGGAGAAGUGGCGUUUGACAAAUUUGGAGACGGGACCUUCGUGGAUAAAGUGCGGAGCGUUUUGGGUGAGGUUGAGGUAUUAGUGAAGCCUCUGAUCAAAUCGGCUGUGCGUGCGGUUAAGUGGUUAAUGCUGCGGGUGCUGCAGAGGGAGGUUGGGUCAGAGGUGUAG